AAAUGCAGCUGGCCAAACCUCAAUACCUUCAAUAAAAGAUGUGGCUAUGUGGAGUCAAGAGGAUUCAGCAAAGGAAAUCAUCACUAUAGGAAAUUUUAAUUUAUUUUUAGAUGACAUAGCAAGCCUUCUCAAUGUGUCUUCAUUAUCUGAAAAGCAUGCCAUGUACUUUCUCAAGUUACUUGCUUUUGAACAAAAGCACAAAGAGCCGUACAAUGAAGACUACUAUGGAGCUAUUGAACUGGUGUCUUUUGAAGAAUUACUUGAAUGCUCCAAAACAAAGAAAGCAGUUGAUUUCGACAAAUUGAAUCCUUUACGCAGUGUAAAAAAUAAUGACGCAAUACACAUGAUAAUUUGUCCCAUUUUUGAACACAAAAUACUACUAACAUCACUACCAAGCAAUGGAGAGAUAAUUGUUUAUAAUGCUCACACAGACAUUGAAAGAAAAGAAGCUUUAGUGCAGGCAUUCAGAAAAUCAGUUGCAAUGUGGAAGUGUGCACCAUCGAGAAGGUAUAGUCAUUGGGAUAUUAAAGAGAUUGAAAUUGAAGCAAAUGAUGUUAAUGAUGCUGCUGAAGCAAUGUGCAAAUUAAUUGCAGCUUCCUUUGGCAAAAUCAUUGAUGUGUCUAUUACAACAUGGAUAAUAAAUACAAGCUUGCAUUUGUCAGAAAGUUAUGAUGAGGAAAUGAUUCAGAAAUACUUCCCUCAGAUACUACAGAAAAAUAAUGAACGGGAACAAAAGCUAGAUGACAUAGUAAAUCAACUCAACCAGGAAUCUAUAUUUGAAAAUGAUCCUGAAAGUAAAGGCUUUUUAAUACCAAAUUUUUUAAAUAAGCCAAAUGUAAAUGAUGAUGAUAUUUGUACUUUUGAAUUCGACUGGGGAAAAGAAUGGUAUUUAAAUCAUUUUCCAGUAUUGGAUAGAAGCAAGAGUGACAGUGAUUGCAUUUUUAAAAGAGAAUUUAUAAGAAAGGCAGUAAAAAAGAAUGAGUCUCAUCUUCGUGAAAUUUAUUGGAUCCGUAGUGGAUUUUCUGAAGGAAUUAUAAAACGAAGAGAUUUGUAUGAUUCAUGGCCUUUAGAACUAGAUGAUAUGUACUUUGAAAUACAGCAAUACUUAUUUGGGUUGGAAGGAGAUAUACUACAACGUCCAGUUUUAAUUUUGAUGAAUUCCAAAAUGUGGCCAGAGACAAUGACAAUACUUUUAAUGGAAAAAUUUGAUAUUAAGUAUGAGGAUGCUGUCGAAAUGUUCAAGAAAAAGAUAUUACCAACUGCAUGAAGUUUUAUGGUAGCAUAAAUCAAAUCAACUGUAGCAUUAAAUAUUUUAUUAUUAUUAUUAUUAUUAUUA